AUGGCCUGCGCCGGCAACAGCAUCCGCUCGGAUCUCCCCAUCCCAAAGAACAUCAGCUGGGCCGCCAUCCCCGGCCGCAACAUCUCGGCGGCCCCGAUGGUGGCCUGCUGCUCGCCGAACCCCGUCCACCUCAUCGACAACUGCUACGAGUGGUGCGAGCUGCCGGAGAAGUACGAGAGGGACGAGGCCAGGGCGCUCGCCGCCUUCAGGAGUUGCCUGUCAGUCAACGACCGGAACCUGUCCAUCUCCAACAUCCUCGGGUUGAACAUCGCCGACAGCCCCGCGGCGAGGCCCGUCGUUACGAUGGCGGGGCUCGGGAUAUGGGGGUUGCUGGCCUCGGCGUUUCUGGUGCUAGCUUGA